UCACCGGAGAUUUGGCUAAAAAUGUUCGUGUAGGAGUAUCAUCUUUUUUUGAUUCGCUUUUAUUGUGUUGUGAAACAAUCAAGGAGUUUGGAGAACCUAAAGAACAAUAUAAAUAUUACAAUUAGCCAUAUUCUUAUCUUAAAAUGUCGGAACAUUCGCCAGCUCCAACUCCAGCGCGGGCUGUCUACGGUUUCGCCUUAUUUUUAUUAUCACAUACGUUGUUUAUUAUAUAUUUGAUUUACGCAUAUGUGCCAAAGUCAAUUUUAGAAGACAAAUUAGGUUUAUACUAUUUACCAGAUAAAUAUUUUGCUUUAAUUAUUCCAGUUUUAUUCUUGGUAUGUUUAACACUUUUCGCCUUUUUCAUAUAUCCGUCUAUUAACUUAAUGAUGACCCCAAGAAUCGACCAAUUGGAAACAAUCACAGAUAAAUAUCAAAUUUUUCGAUGCAAUUAUAUUAAUAAAGAAGGAAAAAUGUGUGAUAACUUAAUAGAAAACUGCAGAGAUGAACAUUGGAAUACAGAAAAAUACUGUAAAUACCACAACACAGAGUAUCACAAUAUAGAUAGGCAAAAUUUUACUCCCGAAGUAUUUUGUGACUGUCCAAAAAGUCUAGUUUGCUUAUUAAAGGAAAACCCUGAUCACUUAAAUACACUACAAAAUAGAAAUAGAAUACCAGCUGUAAGAGAUUUAGACAUAGCAGACGUUUUUGAUGAAAUGUUUAAUUAA